AUUGAUGUGUGGGUGGUGCCUGUAAAGAGCAGACAGCUGGCGUGAAGUGCUUGCAUGAAAAUUGAAGUCAAAUAGCUACGAUAAUCAGAAUCUGUUUAGAUUGUUUUUGUGUGGGAAAAAAAUAUUACAUUCUUAUCAUAUAUUUGAGUUUAUCCUAAUAUUAAGAAAUUAGUUAAUUUGAGAGGAGAGGGGAGAAAGUACUUAUGAAUUUGCAAGCCGUUUGAUUCAAGUGAGACCUAUCCAUUGUGUACUUCUUUCGUCGAAUGCUAGCCGUUUAAUUUCAGUCACCAGCUUAAGAACUCAAGUGGAAAUGCGAUUUUUAUAAAGCGCUAUUUGCGUUCGGCGGACAGAGUGGGAUUUCUUGAGCUGGGGGGUCGGAACCGGUACAAAUGUGCAACAAAGCCCGCCAGAUCCUCGUAGGAAGGGGGUUUCUCUGUGUGACCGGAGAGCUCCCCCUGAAAGUCGAGGAGAUCGCGAAAUGGGAUUGGAAAUCCGGGAAAAUCAGAGCCGUGUCGCACAGGGAUGUUUCAGACCAGAACCUGAAGGUGUUUGUGGAGUUCGACGAGCAGCAGCCGGAGAGCCGGAGGUGGAUCAAGGUGUACGAGCCCCUGAUGAAGGUCUUCCUGGUGGAGCACACCCUGGGGCUGGCUCGCCGGCAGCUUCCUGGCGAGACCGCCAGUGUCCAGUGGCCGUCUGUGGUUUUUAAGCCUCUAGUGGACAUGAUUGGACUAGUGCUUAUUCCUGUGGAGUAUCUCCUGAUAAACAAGAGAACUUACAUUCCUGUAGGAACUGUCCAGCCUCUUGAGAGAUUAAGCUGCUUAGGGUUUUCUCUGAGGGACUUCCAAGAACUUCAGAAGGGGGUGAAAGCCUGGAUUAAAAAGCACGCAGCCGUACAGCUCCUGAUACGAGGCAACAGAAGCCUGAUUGGUUCCAAGAUGAAACUGUAUUGCGUGGACUCAGCCUGCCUGUGGUCUGUUGCUACUGUUGUCCAGCAAAAUCAGGAGACGCAGACCCUGCAGGUUCAACACGAGCAGUCAGGAAGUAUAGAGUGUGUAGACCCAGCUUUACUGGAAAUGGAGCUCCUGGUUCAUGUGUUGGACAGCUCAGGAACCACAAACCUGAAGAGGAAGCCCGACGAGGAGGCAGAAGGCCUUGAUGCUAAAAAGAGGAAAUCGAGCUGCGAUUCUUCUCCGGGCAGCGAAAUGCCAGGACCUCGCAAAGAGCCUCCUGUGCCUCCGAAUCCUGACCCGGCGGACGCACGGGGAGAAGCCGCGGCUGACCCGGACUCGGCGUGCGAAGAGCGCCGGCCCCUUGCCAGGGAGCCCUGCGCUGCUGGCCCUGCCAAGACGGAUGCAGAGGCCUGCAGCCUCAAGACGGUGCAGUCCAUCCCCUCGCUGUCCUCGGAGGUGCUGGUGGGCAGCACGGCCUCCUCCCCCGCGAGCAGACAGCCUGGACCGAGCUUCGCCGAUUCCCCACCCAGUUUCCAGGCCCAGACACCGUGGGGGAAUGAAACUACCGAUGGAAACCUGCUACAGAGCAGAAUGACGCAGAGUGUUGCCCAUAAUCCAUUUGAGGAAGCCUUCAGCUCCUUUUUUGCCCCCAAAUCCAGCUCUGCCUCUGCCGUGAAGGGCAGCCCUCCCUUCCAGGAGCUCCGAAACCUGCUCACGGCUGAUUGUCCUAAAACAGCUGGACACCCCGCGGUCCUCCAGAGCCCGUCCUCUCCCACCGCUCAGCCCUGCCUUCCCAAAGCAGAGCCGGGCAGGACAAGCCCGGACAGGAUUGAUGCGGACCAGGGACCGAGCCCGAGGGACGACCUGAAGUCCUUGCACGCCAGCGGCAGUCCAGUUAAUACGAAUGCGCUGCCACCGAAUUCCAUUCUGAACGAUGCCGCCGCGGUGGAGAGGCUGCAGCACACGGGCGAGUCCUUCCUCCAGGACGGCUCCUGCAACAGCAUCGCGCCGCACCUCCACAAAUGUCGGGAGUGCCGGCUGGCCAGCUACCGCCGCAGGAGCAGCCAGUCGGACACCACCGUCUUCUGUCGCUUCUUCCUCUUCAGGAGGCUUCAGUUUACAAAACAUGGUCUUCUACGAGAGGGAGGUUUCCUGACCCCCAGUAACUAUGGCCCCGACGCCCUCAGCCUCUGGAUGCCAGCCAGGAGCCGGGUGAAGGGCCUGGACCUGGACACUGCCAAAUACAUCCUGGCCAACGUUGGGGAUCAGUUCUGCCAGCUGGUCAUGCAGGAGAAGGAGGUCAUCUCUUCCAUACAGCCGGAUGUGGCGAUAGUAUGGAAGCGCGCGGUCUGUGGAGUGCGGGACAUGUGCGAUGUGUGCGACACCACUCUGUUUAACAUCCACUGGGUCUGUCCUAAGUGUGGCUUCGGGGUCUGUCUGGAUUGCUUCAGGAACAAGAGCAACAGCGCAGAGAGAAGAAGUUCUCUGUUCUCCUGGAUGAAGUGUGUGAGAGGACAGCCACACGAACUGGACCACUUGAUGCCAACACAGAUCAUUCCUGGAACAACUCUCUAUGAUUUUUGUGACAUAGUUCAUUCUGUGAGAGGGAAAUGGGGGAUUAAGGCAAACUGUCCGUGUUCCAGCCGCCACACGAGAGCCACUUCGAAGCCACUGCUGAAAGAGGAAAGGAAGCCCCAGAAUAUAGCCCUGUUAGCAAAUCCCUUGCUGGACUCCUCACUGCGUAACAAGUCUACAGAUGCAGUUCCUUCCACUUCAGCCAGUGCUGCUGUUGUAACAACUUCUGAUCCGGUGGGCAGACCCCCAGCAUCCCUCAACCACACCCCCCUCAGCUGGCUAUCUGCACUGGGCAGCCACAGUGUGAAUAAGGAGAACAAGGGGAGUAAUCUCAUCACUCCUUCAACUAAUGAGCCCAAACGCCACAACUCCUCAUCACCGCUCAGCUCGCUGUUCAUCAAACCUUCCCACAGCCUGCAGACCUUCAACGGUUCGGUUUUAACAUCGGUGACCAACAAGAACACAGGGAGCCUCCGCAGCUUGCUCAACGGAGAACAGAACGAGACGGGAACGAAAAGCACACCAAAAAUCCUUGACGACAUCUUUGCCUCAAUCGUGCAAAGCAAAGUCCCGGGCGAGUCUCCGUCCAGACGGACCGAUCCCAGAGACGCGGUGUGUAAGCCGAGGUCCGUGCUGAACCCCAGCGUGGUGAGCACAGACGUGCCUCAUUGCUGGCUCUGUGAUGGCCGCCUGCUCUGCCUGCAGGACCCCACGCACAGGAACAACUGGAACAUUUUCAGGGAGUGCUGGAAACAGGGACAGCCCGUGAUAGUGUCAGGGAUGCACACAGUGCUGAACUCAGAGCUGUGGAGACCCGAGACGUUCAGUGAGGAGUUUGGGGAUCAGGAAGCGGACUUGGUCAACUGCCGCACGAACGCCAUCCUGUCUUCCACCACGGUGGGCGACUUCUGGGACGGCUUUGAGAACAUAUCACGGCGCCUGAAGAAUGAGGAAGGGGAGCCCAUGGUGCUGAAACUGAAGGACUGGCCCCCCGGGGAGGACUUCAGGGACAUGAUGCCGUCUCGGUUUGAUGACCUCAUGAACAACAUUCCUCUCCCAGAAUACACCAGGCGAGAUGGCAAGUUGAACCUGGCGUCCAGGCUCCCAGAGUUCUUCGUCCGGCCUGAUCUGGGUCCGAAGAUGUACAACGCCUAUGGUCUUAUAACGGAUGAAGACCGCAAGUAUGGCACUACCAACCUCCAUCUGGACGUGUCUGAUGCUGCCAAUGUCAUGGUGUAUGUGGGGAUCCCUGAGGGAGAAAAAGAGCACGAACAAGCUGUGCUGCAGACGAUAGAGGAUGGAGACGUAGAUGCACUGACCAUAAAACGGAUGGUUGAACUGGGGGAAAAGCCCGGAGCUCUGUGGCACAUUUAUGCAGCCAAGGAUACAGAUAAGAUUCGGCAGCUGCUUUUAAAGGUGGCCGAGGAGCAGGGAGAGGAGAACCCGCCAGACCACGACCCCAUCCACGACCAGAGCUGGUACCUGGACCGGGUGCUGCGCCGCCGCCUGCUGCAGGAGUAUGGGGUGCAGGGCUGGGCCAUUGUCCAAUUCCUGGGGGAUGUCGUCUUCAUUCCUGCCGGGGCGCCGCACCAAGUGCACAACCUCUACAGCUGCAUCAAAGUUGCAGAAGACUUUGUUUCGCCAGAACACGUGAAGCACUGCUUCCGCCUUACUCAGGAAUUCAGAUACCUCUCGAGCACUCACACCAACCACGAAGACAAACUGCAGGUGAAGAACGUGAUCUACCAUGCAGUGAAAGAUGCAGUCUCCAUGCUUAAAGCCCAUGAUGUUAUUAAGCCUUCUGAUUAAACUUCCAGUAUGGACUGUUGCACUGUGCUUAUGGCAGCUAUGGUUGAGAAAUUCCUAAAGCAUCAUUAAAUUGGAAGAGUUAUUGUUUCUGCAUGGUUGUAAUAUACUUUAUUUAAAUUCCUGAUAUACAUUCAGAGUACAGAUCUGUGUGUCCUACGUUAAAUAUAAACUGAAUAUUUCAGAAGUGAUAUUCGAGUACAGUUGCUUUUUAUUCUGCUUAAACGAAGCGAUGCAAUAUGCAGUGAUUCAGAAUAUGCUUACAUGUAAAUGGAUGGACUUGUAUCAUAACUAUACACUCUUCUAGCAAAAACUACAAUGUUUAAAUGUAAGGGGAUUUUCCGCUUUAAGUCUUGGUAUAUAUAUAUAUAAAUAUUUUGGAGGAAAAUAAUUUAUUUUUAAAAGGAAAUGUCUGGGUUCUUAAACAAAUUGAUGUAGUGAAACAAAGUGGCUUAAUAGUCCCAGAAAUCUGCUACAGUAUUUGAAUUAAAAAAAAACACUGAAACAUGGCAGUUCAAAGUCCCAGCACUAUAUAAGUUUAAAUAAAUUUUCAUUGUGAUGACUUUUCAAUGAGGUUAUUGUGCCAAUGUGUGUAUUUUUUUAACUGUUCAGUAGUAAGUACACAUAUUUUGAGAGCAGUACAGAAAGUAUUCUGAAUGUUCUGAAUAAAUGUUUUUAAUCUGUU